GUCACAGCUGUGUUUCCUUCACUUGUUCCGCUCAGGAAAUACAGCUGAAGAACUGACAGAUGUCGGGAGCUCGCCUCGUUCGCUCAGCCAUCAAGGCUGCGUCUUCUGAACUUGCCGAAUCGAUUGGCGAGCAGCUGGCUUCACCCCACCACCGGUUUAGAAUUGUGCAUGCUGAAGAUCUUUUGGAAAGCGAACGGAAUGCGAUCUGGAUGAUAUUUGAAAGCAAUAUGCGAGCAUUCUAUACCUCGUCGUCGUUUGGCUGGGAUCCACGCGCGAAGUGGAAGGAGCUGUUUAAUUCAUUGUCUCGGUUUUACUUGGCGUAUCAAGCUGCAGCCAGUGAACUCAUCGGGUUCGCUAUGUUCCGGUUUGAAUAUGAGGACCAGGAAAGCGUCCUAUAUUGCUAUGAUCUUCAAGUUACAAGAAUUUUUCAGGGGACAGGACUCGGAAAAACUCUCAUGCGACAACUAGCGAAGAUUGGCUCUGCGUGGAAGAUGGAGAAAGUCAUGUUGACUGUUUUUAAAGCCAACACAAGAGCUUUCCAGUUCUACAAUUCAACGGGAUUUGUGGUCGAUUCCUGUUCACCCAGCUGCGCUGAAGAUGGAUCUGACGUUGACUACGAAAUACUUUCUAUGCGGCUUACGUAAUUAUGAUGAAUUUAUAAAUUUGAACAUGCUU